CAUGAGGGCGCAUGCGCAGCGGAGCCGUGGGUGUGCGCGGCGCAGCGCGCCAGUCAUGAUGCCCCGGCAUGGGUUACCGCUGCUGUCCCUGCUGUCGCUCUUGGUUGGCGCGUGGCUCAAGCUAGGAAGUGGACAGGCUACUAGCAUGGUCCAACUGCAGGGUGGGAGAUUCCUGAUGGGAACAAAUUCUCCAGACAGCAGAGAUGGUGAAGGCCCUGUGCGGGAGGUGACAGUGAAACCCUUUGCCAUCGACAUAUUUCCUGUCACCAACAAAGAUUUCAGGGAUUUUGUCAGGGAGAAAAAGUAUCGGACAGAGGCUGAGAUGUUUGGAUGGAGCUUUGUCUUUGAGGACUUUGUCUCCGAUGAGCUGAGAAACAAAGCCACCCAGCCAAUGAAGCCUGUACUCUGGUGGCUUCCAGUGGAAAAGGCAUUUUGGAGGCAGCCUGCAGGUCCUGGCUCUGGCAUCCGAGAGAGACUGGAGCACCCAGUGUUACACGUGAGCUGGAAUGACGCCCGUGCCUACUGUGCUUGGCGGGGAAAACGGCUGCCCAUGGAGGAAGAGUGGGAGUUUGCCGCCCGAGGGGGCUUGAAGGGUCAAGUUUACCCAUGGGGGAACCGGUUCCAGCCAAACCGCACCAACCUGUGGCAGGGAAAGUUCCCCAAGGGAGACAAAGCUGAGGAUGGCUUCCAUGGAGUCUCCCCAGUGAAUGCUUUCCCCGCCCAGAACAACUACGGGCUCUAUGACCUCCUGGGCAACGUGUGGGAGUGGACAGCAUCACCGUACCAGGCCGCUGAGCAGGACAUGCGCGUCCUCCGGGGGGCAUCCUGGAUCGACACAGCUGAUGGCUCUGCCAAUCACCGGGCCCGGGUCACCACCAGGAUGGGCAACACUCCAGAUUCAGCCUCAGACAACCUCGGUUUCCGCUGUGCUGCAGAUGCAGGCCGGCCGCCAGGGGAGCUGUGAGCAGCCAGAUGGUGACAAGGAGAAAAGCCCUCCAGGGUCACUGUCAUUCCCUGGCCACGUUGCAAACAGCACAAUUCCAAGCUAGGGAGCUUCAGCCUCAGGAAAGAACUUCCCCUUCCCUGUCUCCCAUCCCUCUGUGGCAGGCGCCUCUCACCAGGGUAGGAGAAGACUCAGCCUCCUGUGUUUUGGAGAAGGGGCCCAACGUGUGUUGACGGUGGCUGGGAGCCAGGUGUUUCUCUUAGAGGCCAAGUAUUAUUGACACAGGAUUGCAAACACGCAAACAAUUGGAACAGAGCGCUCUGAAAGGCCAUUUGUUAAGCAUU